UCAUCCCAGGUCCCUGAGAGCAGAUGUGUGCAGAUGUGUGCAGUGAGCUGGAGCUCUUUCUCCUCCUGUGUGGAUCAAAUUCAGGGUUUCCCCCCCCACUUAGCUGGAAGAAAGAGGAACAAGGGCUGAUGGUGGUGUUGUGUCUCUCAGCCAUGCAGUCCUGCAGCAUUCACCACUGGGUCCUGCUCUUACUCACCCUCACGUUCACCACCGCUCCUGUAUCUGCUGCUGUUUGUUCUACAACAGUGAAACUUCACCAGCCUGUGACUCUCUCAUGUGAACAUAAAUGUUCUGGUUCAGUUAAAUGGACCUUAUAUCAUAAUCGAGAUGAGAUCUUCGCUCAGUGUAAUCAGACAUCAUGCAGCUCACGGGAGGGAUUUUCCAUCUCUCAUGAUCAGUACCUGAAGGGAGAUCUCUCUCUCUCCAUCACUGCAGCUGAUUACAGUCUGAGGAACACGUACUCGUGCGAGUGUGGCAUCUCAGAAAUCUCGACCGUGCGCCUCAGCAUUGAGACCGUGUUCUCAGCAGUUCAGAAGAAGCUUGGUGAAGAUCUGACCCUGAAUGUGUCCGUGCCAGAGCCAGUGGAGGUGGUUUAUAAAGGCAGUGAUUCAGCUGAUGGUGAAGUGAUCUGCACUGUGACUCAGCGCUCACUGCAGUGUCCAGCUGAAUACACACACAGAACAUCACUGAGCUUCCCCGAGCUCACACUGAGAGACGUACGGCUGAGUGACAGUGGACGUUACACCGUCCGGGACAAGGAGAAUAACGAAGACAUUCAGAUAUACGCCGUCUCUGUGGAAGAUGAACAGAGUGGUUUUCCUGCGUGGGGGAUUAUAGUGAUUAUAGUGACUGUGCUCCUUGUGCUGUUGGUGCUCACUGGAGUGUUUCUGUACCUGAAGUCCUCACCUCAUCGUGAAUUCAUAAAGUUGAGCAGGCAACUGCAGCAUGUGGAUAAGCGUGUAAAACAGGCUCAACCCAGGCAAGACCAGAGUGAUCGGAAAUUCGACAUGAUCGGAACAGCUCUGACGAAGGUGGAGCGGGAGCUGGAUCAACUGGAGGAGCAGUACAGGAAGAACACUAAAUAUUCAGAACAAGUCUCAUUGUUCUGCAGAGCAAAGAGGGAGGAGCUGGACGGGUACAGACAGCAGCACAACACUGAGGAAGGAGGACGUCUACUGCCUGCGACAGGAGGGUCGAACAGGCAACUGCAAAAUGUGGAAGAAAGAAAUGAGGAAGGAGGACUUCCACUGACUGAGCGAGGAGGGAUAUUGAGGAAGGUGGAGGAGGUGAUGGAGAGUCUACAGCAGCUCAGAGGAGGAUCAGGGCGAGAGCAGCAGGUCAUGAUUUCCAGCAGCAUCACAGUGAUGGAUGAGAUGGAGAACCGCAUGGAGAAACAUCUGGAGGAGAUCAAAGAGUGGUGUGGAGAGAAGAGGGUGGAGCUAAAAGACCUCAUAGAGCAGCAGAGACGUGGAGCUGUGUGAGGUCAACAUUCCAGUGACCCCACACACACACACAGGCUGAUUUUACAUUGUAAAGAGAGAAUGGUUUUAAUGCACAUGGAUCAGAGUCACUUUAACAGCUGAAUUAAAUUUAAUUUCAGUAUUUUGACAAAAAUAAUUAAUAAUCGCAGGCAAGCUGGAUCCUAUCCCAGCUGACUAUGGGUGAAAGGCGGGGUACACCCUGGACAAGUCGCCAGGUCAUCACAGGGCACAUGCUGUACAUAGCUAACAUUAUUAUACUGUUAUUAUUAUUAUUAUUGUACUGUAUUUAUUUGGGAUCUAACUGAAUAAUUUCACUAAUUUGAAAACAUUAAAAAUGGUAGUUAAAGUUUUCAUACAAAAGAGAAUAUUUUUAACUGACCAAUUUUAGAUAAACAUCACUUUAUAAAUAACAGUGAUGUUAAUAUUAAAUAUGCUGCUGUGGGGUUUUGGGGGGGGGUUUGGUCCUGUGCUGGCUGGAGCUCAGACACAUUUAAAUACUUUGAGCAGCAGAUCAACAGUGAUAUUGCGUCACCACAUGGACAUUGUGCCAAAUAAUUAAUGUGAAAAAUGUCCUAUGGUGAUUUUUUAGUGUUUGCUCACAUUCCUGUAGAAUCACCUACAAGUCCAUCAUCCAGAUGUUCUGAUGAUGGCUGGCUGCACAGCUCCUGAUGUUAUUACACGCUCCUGUACUCUCACUGCACCUCACCUGCUGCACAUCAUCAUUCUCCUGUCUUUAUCGGCUAAAGGUUCUAAGUUUUAACUCUGUGUACACACACACACACACACACACACACUACAGCGAUGGAAUACUCAGCAUUUUCUCUCUCCUAAUUGAUGUAAUAAUCCAAUUUUUCUAUUUGCAGUCGUCUUUCAGAAAGUUUCAGAACCUCGGAUCUGUUUUUUCUUUUAUUAUUUGAGUUUUAUUAUCCCCCUUCCUCUCUUCCCCAUAUCUUAUUCUUUUAUAUUUGUAUAUGUAAAUACUUAAUUUCUUUUAAUUUAUCUAGGAGUUUUUCUCUAUUUCUUUUCUCUGUUUAUCUGUAAUGAUGCUGCUGGAAUCUUAAUUUCCCUGAGGGAACCCUCCCAAAGGGAUCAGUAAAGUUUUAUCUAAUAAUGUACUCUACAAUAAUCACACUGUGGCCUUUUCUCAUCCAUCCAUUCUGGCGUAUCAUUACAGCGAUGUGGUGCUCUGACAGCUUCAGCCAUCAAAGUCUCACACUCACACCUACGCUCAAUUUAGAGUCACCAGUUAACCUAACCUGCAUGUCUUUGGACUGUGGGGGAAACCGGAGCACCCGGAGGAAACCCACGCGGACACGGGGAGAACAUGCAAACUCCACACAGAAAGGCCCUCGCCGGCCACGGGGCUCGAACCCAGACCUUCUUGCUGUGAGGCGACAGCGCUAACCACUACACCACCGUGCCACCUGUGGUCUUUUACCUGAUUUUAUUUACUUCCUUUUUCUAAAUGUAGAAAUGUGAAAGGGGUCACAGGAGGGUAUCAGGGAUUCGACCUCGCUGUGUAUUUGUGGGUUAAAAUAAAAUACAUUGUGUUGUAAAGAUAACGGACCCUGGCUGUUUCCCUGUCGAAGGUCACGCUGUGCAGCCACGUUCACGUCCUUUCAAUGGGUUUUAUAUUUUAAGGUCAUCAUUUAUAUUCCUGCUUCUGUUCAGUGUGUUUUAGUGAGACGUGCAGUAAAUAAACUCCUGUCUGCUGUCUUUGGCUUGUGGAAGUGGAUUAUCUGCAGUUUGUAUUUAAAAUGUGGCAAAAAAUAAAGUUAAUUUGAUUUGAAUUUAA